GAAUCGGACGUGGGAACUACAAUUACCAGUCGGGCGGUACUCCAGAAAUAUACAUAUAUUUAUACGGAAAACAUAAAACAGCUGUCGUAAUUGAGUGAUUCACAAUGAAAAUUGUGCGGUGCCUUGGAUUUUUUCUGGCACUUCUCAUGCCAUGGAGUUUGGAAGCUCAGGAAUCGUUCGAUCCAAGGUCCCCAAGUCUUUCCCUUCCUUCAAGCCAAGCUCCUCAGCGGUUCUCACCAACUAAUCAGCCACCAGUUCCAAUCUUGCCAGUUCCACCCUCGCCUGCUCCUCCACCACCCUUCCGAGCUCCUCCCCCACCAGAAGCUCCUAUAGCACCUCCUUCGUUACUAGAUUCUUUCUCAUCAACUUCCACCUUUGAUGCUCCGGAAUAUGACACCAUCCCCUUCCCCACCACCACCCCUUCAAUAAUCUUGGUCAAACGCGAUAAUAAGUUGGGGAAGAAAGACAUGGAAAGCUGCCCAGAGGCACGGAGAGUCUGCUUCUUAAACGGCACCUACAAUCACUGCUCCAGCUUGGAAAUUAUCCAUGAUGGAAGCUACACAAACUCCAACAUGGUUUUCUGUGAUUCAAUGACCUGCCAGCCGGAAGAGUUCGAGCACGACUACAUUACCCGGAACCAUGACCAGACGCCCCACAUGAACAGGUGGAAGAGGGCCAGGAUUGGCGAGCGUGCCACCCUGCAUGAUGUGUGCCUGCUGAGGAAUGGAAUGCCGGUGACGCGGGAGUGCCAACUGCAGAAUUCCAGGGCUCGUUGGGAGUCCAUUCAGCAGUGGCCGCCCGUGGUCUGUUUUAGGCGAUACAAGGAGCACUCGAUCAGCACGGACCUUAAUAGUCUUCACGACGACAUCCUCGAGGGCAGGAGGCGGACAAAUGACACUAAAGGACGGCGGGAGAUGACUGGAUUGAUGAGGAACAUGUUCCGGCAGCGAGACAGAACCCUACUCCCCGCCGAUGUCCACAUGACGGGCCAGAUGCUGGGCACCCUGAUGCAGCAAGACAAGGACGCCGCUCUCAGCGUGGACCUCGUUAGUGUGUGCAAGGAGAUCAUGUCCAGUGGCAACCAGGUUCUGCGGCUCUCCGCUCAGCUGAAUGCCACAAACUCGCUGCUGAGUCAGUUUGAAACCUACAUGGAUGCCUUGCCGGGACAACUGGUUCCCCGGGAGAGUUGCGGCAAGGUGGUGCCCCAAACAACCAGUGAUGCAAGCGAAGUGGCAACCACUGGCGUGGAAACCAUAAACUAUUCCAAUAUCGGGGUACAAGGUCAGAUCACUGGUAAUCUGAGUGUAUUUUUCGCCAAUCCCUCUUGCGACAAUGUCACGGGAAUCGCCAUCUUCUCUGCCAGCUCGGAGGACAGGUUAGCCUGUGCCAGUGGCUUCUGGUAUAGGUUCCUCCGCUCCACCGAUGACUUGGCUACCAUCAAGGCAGAGUCUCACCUGGAAACGGCGGCCUUUCUGCCCGACAAUCUCUGGCAGGCUCUUAAGAGGAAGGGUGCUUCUUAUCUAACCUUUAAGGUUUAUGCCCACGAUGCACUUUUUGUGGAAACUGCAGAAGUAAGAACUCGCCGACCCCGCAGCAAGGUUAUCUCUAUUUCCAUACCCGGCUUAGAGGACCACUCCCUGCCUUUUGCCUUGCCCUUUCUGCUGAGGAACGAAAACCUUCGGGAGCCGGACUCCAGAGCUGUUGCUGCCGGCAGUGGUUGCGGCUUCUGGAACUACCAGACGUGGCGGACUGAGGGAGUGUCCACCAGCAACUCGGAUCUGCUCAGGGACGCUAUCAUCGAGUGCCACACCUUCCACCUUACCCAGUUUGCAUUUCUCGUCGGCGGCAGCUACCGAACCAACGGCCUAGGCGAGGAUGUGCUCAUUACGCCGCUCAACGAACGUGUUUUGGACAUAAUUUCCAUUGUGGGCUGCUCAUUGUCCUUAGUGGGAGUGCUAGGAAUCUUCCUCACGGCAGGCCUUUUCAAGUCCUGGCGCACCCAGGCCUCCACCAAGGUCCUGCUGCACCUCUGCCUGGCCAUGGCCCUGCAGAUGAUACUGUUUGUGUUCAUCAACACGGAUGAUAUAUCCGAGCAGCUGGUGGUGAACGGAGACACUCGACGAUGCGUGGCAUUGGGAGCUGCUCUCCAGUAUUCCCUUCUGGUGCUAUUCAGCUGGAUGCUGAUCAUCGCCUUCCUGCAGUUCCAGCGCUAUGUGACGGUAAUUGGAAUCGAGAGGCCCCAGCACUACAUUCUGAAGGCCGCCAUUGUGGCCUGGACGUUGCCGCUGGUUCCGACCCUCUUGGUAGCUCUCAUAGCCCCGGAGUCGUAUGUGCCCACAAAGGCCCAGCUGGCCACGGACACGGGGAUCUGCUACCCAUCCGGAUACGGCCUUAUCUUCGGCGUAGUGCUGCCAGUGACUCUCAUAACAAUUGCCAACUUCAUCAUCUUCGUGUACGUGUUCUACAGUAUUUCCCACUCACUCAGCCAGACCAUCCACAGGGCCGAAAAGAAGAUGGUUGUGAAGCAGAUUCGGCUCUCCAUUCUACUCUUUUUCCUGCUGGGACUCACCUGGAUUUUCGGCAUUUUUGCCUUCAUGCAGGCGGGCGUGGCAUUUUCGUACCUGUUCUGCAUCACAGCCACCAUGCAGGGAUUCGUGAUGUUCGUCUACUUCGUCCUCCUGGAUGCGGCCAAUCGACGGGCGUGGGUGGGCCUGAUUUGCCCCACAAAGAUGAAGAUGGACGUGCAGAAGCGCACCACCGAACUGCAGUCGAUGACCACUUCAUCCACCAACUACACCAGCCGGUCCGCAAACCACUAAACCGAUGGUUGGCCUUUCUCUUCGCAUCGAACAAAUGGUCUCCACACCAGUGUAUUAAUUAUUUAUUAUUGCCAUUAUUCAUAGCUCGCUCUUUGAUUCCACUGUUAGUUCUAAAGUAAGACCUUUAAAUUAUA